CCAGCUGAUGGGCUGGGGUUCCAAACAGUACUAUCAUGUUCAAUGUAUCAGCUGCAUGAUUUCGCCCGAGGAUCUGAUCCCCGACAAGUUUAUGCUCGAAGGAUCUUGGGGCUUGAUGGUGAGGAAGUGGUACCAACACAAGGGUUGUGUCGACUUGGACAACAUCGCUGCCUACAUCGGGAGGUAUAAAGCAUACGAGAAGAAGGUCGUGGAUUGGGAUGAAAAGUACGCCGACUGGUCUCUUCAUCAUCGACGCCAUUGCAAGGAUGGAUCUGACCCGGCCACUUGUGGUUGUCCACCAGCCCCGAACGCUCCCGACAAGCCUGUGCUUCAAAACUACACGACUGGGCAGAAGAAAGUGGAACUGUGGGAGGUCAUGUUGCAUGAUGACGUUUGGGAGAUGUGUGACAUCCAAGAAGGCGAUCAGAUUGUCAUGCCGGAGACAGAGGCUCCGGACCAGGUGGAUGGCAAGCCCCAGGAGGAUGGAGGUCGGAAGUAAGAGGCUGAAAUUGACAAGGAGGGUCACGCGCUCAGAUCAAGGGAGGUG